UCCAUUUCAUUACAUCCAACCAAAAAUAAACUUUUUAGUUUUUACAACAGUUUGCUGUGCUUCAAACUACAAAUAGAAGUUUAGCAAAACAAGCUCUUUCAAUUCUAUAAGUUAAAAGGUCGCAAUAAUCACAUUGUAGUAAGUUACCUUCAAGUUCAACCAUUCUCAUUUUCAAAUAAAAUAAAAUGAAAAGGAAACAUUUCAUGUGUUCAACGCUUCCCACUACAAUAUAGAAACAUUAUUCUUUAUUAAAAAAAAUUAAUUAAUUAAUUAUUUGACAAAUGUGCCCACAAAAAUUGAACAAAUUAAAAAAACAUGUCUUGGUGUUGGUGUUCUUCUUCAUCAUUUUUUUUUUUUAUUAUUAGAGUCCUUUCAUUGAGUUGCAGAGCUUCCAUGUGUCUACCUUAAUUUGCUAAAAUGCCGAUUCAGAGUUUUUUGAUGUAGCCCGAACCCAAAUCCAAUCAUCAAUCAUAACACACGAAAGCAGCCAUUAACGACCAUGCUUUCUCUCUCACCUCUUCACAUCUCAUUCCCCAAACCUUCAUCUCUUCAUUCUUGCCUUCAUCACCCAUUUUUGUCUCUAUCUAUCUCCUCCUAUAAAGCUCACACCGCCACUCGCUUAUGUCACGGCUUUCGCCGAUGCCGACAACGUAGGCUCAAAGUUCAAGCCAUCGACGCCGCCCAAUUCUUCGACUACGAAUCUAAACUCGCUGCAGAGUUUUAUGAUUCAAACAAGCUCAAGAUCGCUGUAAUUGGGUUUGGUAACUUCGGCCAAUUUUUGUCCAAGACAUUCAUCCGACAUGGUCACACCGUUCUCGCUCACUCUCGGUCCGAUUACUCUCUCACGGCACAAAACAUCGGCGUCUCUUUCUUCAAAGACCUCGACGAUCUCUGCGAAGAACAUCCUGAUGUGAUUCUUCUGUGUACUUCGAUAAUCUCCGCCGAGUUCGUCCUUGAGUCACUGCCGCUUCAGAGAUUGAAGCGGAGCACGUUGAUCGUCGAUGUUCUCUCCGUGAAAGAAUUCCCCAAAAGCAUGUUGCUGAAGGCACUCCCUGGUGACUUUGAUCUCCUCUGCACGCACCCCAUGUUUGGACCCGAGAGCGGUCGCCGCGGGUGGAAUGGUCUUUACUUUGUCUUCGACAAGGUUCGGAUUGGGGACGAGGAAUCUAGGGUUUCCAGGUGCGAUAAAUUUCUGAGUAUUUUCGCUAGAGAAGGGUGUAGAAUGGUGGAGAUGAGCUGCGCCGAGCACGAUCGAUUGGCGGCUGAAUCACAGUUCAUAACUCACACUGUUGGAAGGCUCUUGGAGCGGCUGGAGUUGGAUUCGACGCCGAUUAACACCAAAGGAUAUGAGACAUUAUUGGACUUGGUUGAGAACACUGCUGCUGAUAGCUUUGAUUUGUAUUAUGGGUUGUUUAUGUACAAUAAGAACUCGCUUGAGAUGUUGGAGAGGUUGGAUUUGGCGUUUGAGGCUUUGAAGAAGCUGCUUUUUGGGCGUUUACAUGAUGUUGUGAGGAAACAACUGUUUGGGAAUUCGGAAAAGUUGCAGAUUUCCCGGGAAAAUAACACGGUGCCUACUUACUCUCCGAAUGGUUCUGCUUUGUCACCUUUUUCGGAUGCUAUUAGGUCACGGAAAUCUGUUGUACCCAGUGAUAAUAAAAUCCAGAUUUUUAAUAACUUAGAUAAGGACUUAAAGCUUAAGAUUGCCAUUAUUGGAUUUGGCAACUUUGGUCAGUUCCUGGCUAAAAGGAUUGUGCGUCAUGGCCACACCGUUUUAGCCUAUUCGCGAUCAGACUACUCGGAUGUUGCUCAAAGAUUAGGGGUUUCCUACUUUGCUGGUGUUGAUGAUCUUUGUGAAGAACAUCCAGAUGUGAUACUUCUUUGUACUUCUAUUCUUUCAACUGAAAAAAUUCUCAUGUCAUUGCCAAUUCAAAGAUUGAAGAGAAAUACCAUGUUUGUUGAUGUGCUAUCUGUUAAAGAAUUCCCAAGAAACUUAUUUCUGCAAAAUUUACCGCCUGGUUUCGAUAUUCUCUGCACACAUCCUAUGUUUGGACCAGAGAGUGGUAAGAAUGGGUGGAAUGGCCUAACUUUUGUUUAUGACAAGGUUAGGAUCGGAAGUGACGAGCCACGAGUGCUGAGGUGCAACAGGUUUCUUGAUAUCUUUGCACGAGAAGGGUGCCAAAUGGUGGAAAUGAGUUGUGCAGAACAUGAUAAACAUGCAGCGGGAUCACAAUUUAUUACACAUACAAUGGGAAGAAUUUUGGAAAAGUUGGGGUUGGAGUCGACACCAAUCGACACAAAAGGGUACGAGACUUUGUUGAAAUUGGUGGAGAACACCGCAGGAGAUAGCUUUGAUCUUUACUAUGGCUUGUUCAUGUAUAAUGUAAACGCAAUGGAGCAACUAGAGAGAUUAGACCUGGCUUUCGAAUCAUUGAAGAAGCAACUUUUUGGCCGUUUACAUGGUGUUCUUCGGAGGCAAUUGUUUGAGAACGCUGAACCUGAAGUUUUGAUGGAAAAACCUGUGUUGAUGCUGUCUGAAAAUGGUACCAUGAUCCAAUCUUCUUCGGAGACUUAUAACUUUGAGAAAGAAUGAGUUCAAGCUUUCUCCCACAAUCCCACUGCUGGUAAAUUAAACCGAAACCCAUCCUUUUAGGUUUUCACAGCUAUAUGGGCUAGUCUUCUGAUUUGAUAUGAAGGGUUUUCUAUCAAGUUCAAGUAUUGUGGUAGCUUGAUUGGUCCAUCUUCACAGAUUAAAUGCUGUGCCUCCCCUUUUGCUCAUUGUUCCAUUAGCUGUAUUAGAUUUUGUGCAGCAAUAGGAUGAGCUGGGUGAUGCAUUUUAAGUAGAAUUCAAUACAUUAUUUGAUAAAUUUGUUUAAGAGAAAAAAGGAAAUAAAAGUUGUUGCCCUCUAUAUAAAUUAAGUGGAGGCAGGCAUUUAGCCUGAAGUUUUGAUAAGUUUAAAUUGGUGGGAGGGUUUUUUUUUUAGUGUUUCCUUCGUCUGCGGUUCUGAUUUUGGUUAUAUGUUUGGUUGUUGUAACUUGGAGUUAUAUUUUUAGAAUGCACAAGAACAAGCAUAAGCUACAUUGACACAUAUGAUUCAUUUUUGUUCUUGAAAAUGACAUUAAUGAAAUAAUAAAAAGUUUUUCUAUUGUUGGCC